CCGAUUCCCUUUACCCAUUCCUUCUGAGAUCCCAUUCGUUUCGACCUCACAAGCUCAAAAUGGUCUUCGCGGCACUCACUCGGUCUUGGUGCCAAGCACAGGCCUCUUCUGCAUCCUGUCGUUUCAUUCCGCUUUCAUCUACACACCUCCGACGUACAUUCUCCUUGACGAUCCCUCCCCAUGCAUCCUCGACGGUAGCCCUCGUAGCUCGCCUCCGUAAAGAAACGCAGUGCAGUAUCACAAAAGCUCGUGAAGCUAUUGCUGCGACAGGAAGCUCAUCUUAUGAAGAGGCUUUGAAAUGGCUUAACAAUGACCUCGCACAAUCGGGUGCGAAAAAGGCCGCGAAAGUCGGGUCUCGGGUGGCGGCCGAGGGCCUUGUUGGAGUCAUUUCAACGGACUCUAGAGCGGCGUUAGUGGAAGUCAACGCUGAAACCGACUUUGUUGCACGUAGCAAGGAUUUCUCAGAACUGGUUCAAAGGAUUGGUGCUACUGCUUUGGUGGUAGGCGAAGAUGUGGUGGCCGCCGCCGGAACUCCAAGCUCUUCCAUUGUCGAAAUACCAUUAGAUGGUCUGCUUGCCUGUCCAGCGCUACCUCCCGCUUCAGCAACAUCUCCUGCUGUAGACUUUGAUGGCAAAACUGUCCAAGAAUCCAUUGUGGAGACUAUCGGCAAAUUGGGUGAAAACAUCAAGAUCCGGAGGGCAGCAGUUACUGUAGCUUCUCCAAACGCUUCGGGUGCCACUUUUGUUGGAGGCUACGUCCAUUCCGGGGGGGAUGGAUCAAUUCCGGCUGGUCUGGGACGUAUCGGCGCCUUGGCCAUGCUGGAAGCCACUCCAGCUUCGUCCUUGACAUCAACUUCCUCAACAUCCCUUUCGCGCCUCGCAAGGCAGCUUGCACAGCACAUUGUAGGCUUUGAUCCAGCUGUUGUCAGCGAGUCGGGUUUAGAGAGAGCGGUCCAGAAGGAGAAAUCCGCCAGACUUGAUGGCGAGAGCGAGCAAGAACAUCUUGACCGCGUCGUCCUCCUGCGACAACAGUUUAUCUUUGGUAACGGAACCGUUAAAGAGGUUCUCAAGCAAGCAGAGCAACAGAUUGGUCCGGAUGCUUCGAUUGUGAUCAAAGAAUUUGUGAGAUGGGAAUGUGGUGAAGGCAUUGACAAGAAGGAGGACAACUUCGCCGAAGAGGUGAUGAAGCAAGCAGGAAUGGCCUAGACUACAAUUUAUUAUUUAAAUGCGGUUAUGUACCAUGUGUAGAUUAUUUCCAGUUACAUUCAAUACAUUAAAAUGCUCAUAUACGACGAA